UUCUAUGGCUAUUCACAUUUUGACUUGUGUUUUUACAGAACUUUGUUCAUUUUUGUUAUUAUAAUUAAAUUCUCUAUUUUUGAUGGAAUUACAGGAGAACAAGGAGGGGCUUGAAUUAUUGAAGACUGCUAUUGCUAAAGCUGGAUAUACUGGCAAGGUUGUCAUUGGCAUGGAUGUUGCUGCCUCGGAAUUCUACAAUGAGAAGGAUAAGACAUAUGAUCUUAACUUCAAGGAAGAGAACAAUGAUGGUUCUCAGAAAAUUUCUGGAGACAGCUUGGGGAACGUUUACAAGUCUUUUGUUUCUGACUAUCCCAUUGUGUCUAUUGAAGACCCCUUUGACCAGGAUGACUGGAUCACCUAUGCUAAGCUGACUGCUGAAAUCGGUGAAAAAGUUCAGAUUGUUGGAGAUGAUCUUCUCGUCACCAACCCCACUAGGGUUGCCAAGGCAAUAAAUGAGAAGAGCUGCAAUGCCCUUCUUUUGAAGGUGAACCAAAUUGGGUCCGUCACUGAAAGUAUCGAAGCUGUACGGAUGUCUAAGCGUGCUGGCUGGGGUGUGAUGGCAAGCCACAGAAGUGGUGAAACUGAAGACACCUUCAUUGCUGAUCUCUCUGUUGGUUUGUCAACAGGCCAGAUCAAGACUGGAGCUCCAUGCAGAUCUGAACGACUCGCCAAGUACAAUCAGCUGCUGAGGAUCGAGGAAGAGCUUGGUGCUUCUGCAGUGUAUGCUGGAGCCAAGUUCAGAGCUCCCGUUGAGCCAUACUAGACCUUGAUAUAGAGCACAGAUGCACCCCUGUGCCAUAAGUUGCAUAAUUUUGGUUCCCUGGCUGUUUGCUUCGUUUUUCUUUGUCUCGAAACUGUGAGCCUCUUCGCUGUUGUGGGCGAAGAUGAGAAUAAAUAAUGGUUUUUGUUUUGCUGUAGCAAACCUUUUUGAGGGUUUUACGCUGUAGAUUGCAACUGCUUGCUUGUGUUAUGAUGGUAAGGUUUUUAUCUAAUGGAAGUUUUACUAGGAGCUGAAUUUUCUACUU